GUGACCAGGGGGCCACCCCAGCUGUCGCCUUCGGCGUGUCCGGUGUCCCCGCGUGUCCCAGGUGAGGGGUGGCUCCUCCCCGUCCCUCCCCUCGGCGCCUUCCCCGUGCCCGUCACUGGGGAUUAGCGCAGGGACAGCCCCGGGCUCGGGGACAGGGGACAGGGCCACCCGCCACCUCGCCUGGAUGUAGGAGGUCUGGCCGAGCGGUGACACCGAGGGUGACACCCCCCAUCCCGGCGGUGGACGACGACGGGGACCCCCCCGCGUCCCCCCAGCCCUCGGGGGCACCAUGAAGGACCGGCUGGAGCAACUCAAGGCGAAGCAGGAUGCAGACGAUGACGCGGAGGAGCUGGAGAUCGCUGUGGACAACACGGCCUUCAUGGAUGAGUUCUUCUCCGAGAUUGAGGAGACCCGGCAGAACAUCGACAAGAUCUCAGAGAACGUGGAGGAAGCAAAGAAGCUCUACAGCAUCAUCCUCUCAGCGCCCAUCCCGGAGCAGAAGACCAAAGAUGACCUGGAGCAGCUGACAGCAGAGAUCAAGAAAAUGGCCAACAGCGUCCGGAACAAGCUGAAGAGUAUGGAGAGGAACAUCGAGCAGGAUGAAGCGCGAUCCUCCGCCGACCUCCGGAUACGCAAAUCCCAGCACUCAGUCCUGUCCCGCAAAUUCGUGGAUGUCAUGACCAAGUACAAUGAGGCACAGGUGGAUUUCCGGGAGCGCAGCAAGGGCCGGAUCCAGCGGCAGCUGGAGAUCACCGGCAAGAACACGACGGACGAGGAGCUGGAGGAGAUGCUGGAGAGCGGGAACCCCUCCAUCUUCACCUCGGGGAUCAUGGACUCGCAGAUCUCGAAGCAGGCACUGAGUGAGAUCGAGGGGCGGCACAAGGACAUCGUGCGCCUGGAGAGCAGCAUCAAGGAGCUCCACGACAUGUUCGUGGACAUCGCCAUGCUCGUGGAGAACCAGGGAUCCAUGAUUGACCGCAUCGAGAACAAUAUGGAUCAGUCUGUGGGGUUUGUGGAGAGGGCUGUGGCUGACACCAAAAAGGCUGUGAAGUACCAAAGCGAGGCCAGGAGGAAGAAGAUCAUGAUCAUGUUGUGCUGCAUCAUCCUGGCCAUCAUCCUGGCCGCCAGCAUCGGGAGCAUCUUCGCCUGAGCCCCCCUCCCGCUACCCUCCAGGUGGCCUUUCCCCCUCCUGUCCCCCGAGCGGAUGAUCCACGGGACAGACCCCAGCCUGCCAAGCCCCUGGUCCCUGGAGCCCUGAGGACACCCCGACACGUCCCUGGAGGAGUGGAGCCCCCCCUGCCGUGCUCCCCCAAUUCCCAGCUCCUCAUUCUGCUCUCCUCGGGUGAUGGCCGGUGGCACAGAGUGGCCAGAGGGGCUGUGUCCCUCUCCGGAGGGGGACACGGGGCUCUACCUUGCUGGGAUGGCCGGAGGAGCCUCUUCCCUGCGCUCAGAGCUCCUUGGAUGUGCAGCCACCCA